AUGACUCGUUCUCCAAGCGAGGCUACUCCAGUCGCGCAGGCCAGUAUCGAACUCGGCAUUGCUUUGUUGCUAGGAGGAAACGUUUCUGUACAAGGGCGAAUGUUGGAGUAUCUGAAUCGAAAGCAGCUAUCUGGAUUUUUCACCAGCCUGGCUGGCUUGAUGCAGAACUGUUCGGUACUGGAUUUGGAUACGUUUGAACGAUGCAACAAAGCUGAAGGUCUCGCAGUUGGUCUAUCUGAUAUGAAAGGUAUUACCAAUCUGUACGAUGCCGACUUCACGUGCAAAAUUUUCCGAUUCUUGCAACUACUUUGCGAAGGUCACAAUCUGGGUAGGUUUACUUGCCUAUUCAAGACCACAUACGUUUGGUAA